AUGGGAGGCGAGGCCAAGGCAGACAGCCUUCUUUCCAUUGCUUUAUCCUUCUUCUGUACUAAUCUUUGGCAGCAACAGCAACUGCUGAGGCCAUCUCUUCUGAGACCUGAGGAGCUCUCCAUGGAGUCAGGCAUCGACCCGGGCCAAGACUACUACUCACAGGACUACUAUAAUUAUGACCAAGGGUAUGACUAUCCUCCAUAUGGCAGUCGCAGGAGAUUAAUACCUCCUAUGUAUGACGAAUAUGGAGAGAUGAUCAUGGAAGAUGAUAGUUACUACUACGGUGGCCCUGAGGCUGGGAGAAAGAAGCGCAUCAAGCUGGUGGUAGAUCGAGAAAACGAGACCAGUUCUACGGGAGAGGAGAGCACCACAGAGACCCAGCGACCCCGGCUCUCCAACAUCAACAGCCACAGCAGCAUCAACGGGAACAUCUACCUCGCUCAGAACGGCACCAUAGUCCGAACGCGACGGUUGCCUCACCCUAACAACCUAAAGGUGGGGUCCCCGUGCCGACUGGGUAAGCAGUUUAAAAAACUCGACAAAUUGGGUGUAACUCAUGAAGAACCUCCGCCAACUAUUAGCAUCGAAGGAACAGGAAACAACAACACAGAAAAUGGAACAGGUACAAUUAUUUCCUCCAACGUGGAUGUGAACCUUAACACUCGGUCGUCCUGCGGCUCCUUGGGAUCCGGUAUCACAGGUCUUAAAACUUUUGGGUCCAAAACGAAUAUUGCCAAGGCCUUGAUUGACAGAAACAGCAGCUGUGUUAGUGACGAGCAAGAGACUUCUGUGGACAACCAUAAGGACAGUCGGGAGACACUGGAGUCCCACAGUGACCACACAUUGUCGGACGAGGAGGAGUUGUGGAUGGGACCCUGGAACAACCUGCACAUACCAAUGACAAAACUCUGACUGGCCAUGCAGAAAAUACAAUUAUUGUUUUUACUUAACUAUAUCUGUCAUGUUGUUUUUGUUUAGGAUAAAAAAAACAAUUGUGUGCCUCAACUGGAUAAGCUCAAUUACUGUCAAAAACAGGUGAUUGCACUUACAGACUAUUUUUUAUUUUUUUGUGAAUGAUUCAGUUUAUCAGAAUAUAUGAAAGUAUGUUGAGUGUUUAUUGCUGACAGGGCUACUAAAGAUGGGAAUACAAAGGUUUAAGGCAAUGAGUGCCUCAAAGAAACAUGACAUUUUUGUGUGAACUCUGCUUAAUUGUCAUACUGUUAUUCUAAGUUUAUUCAACACUGCACUGAAGAUGGGCCUCUUUCAUCCAGCUUUGCUUUUCUAUUCUCUGCCUCAUUUUUUUUAACAGAUCACACAAAGAGAUUGUUGAUUUUACACUGAAAGCGGGAGUUUCUAAUGGUAGAGGUCUUUACAGAGAAAUCAUGGUAAAACGUGAUUAUAGAGUAUUUAACAAAUUCAAAAUAACUUAUUUUGCUAAUGUCAUUUUAUCACAGAUAAUUAAGAUUGUCAUUGAUUAUUUGUUAUUAUGUUGUGAUCACUUGACAACGUUUUUGAGAAAUUUCUGAAAAAUAUGAGAAAUUAUUUUUGUCUAUUUUGUAUCUAACAGAGCUGGAAAAAUCUAACAUAUUACAUUAAAGACGUAAUACUCAUAUAUCUGUCACAGCUGUAUUUCAACAGUGGAAUAUGACAGUAACUCGCAGUGUUUUAUAUAGACAUUUCUAACUGCAGAAUGUGAUAUUUUCAACCCCUUUACAUGAAGCAGAUUCACUCCGUUGCAGAUCAUUUAUCGAAUGACACAUCAGGACCCCCAUACAUGGGAAAAGGACUACCAAAUACUGUAUCAGAUUCAACAAUAAAGUUUUAACCUAUUUUA